CUUCACAAACAGAUGACUUUUAUUCUCACAUCAGUUUAAACUGACCAGGAGUCUGGAAACUUUAAUGAGGUCUGCCUCUCAGAGGCGAAUACGAAGGCUAUAUAUGACUGCUUCACUGUAUUGUCCUUUAAAUUCUGCUGCAGGGUAUUGGUUGCCCCUGACAUGGACCCUCUGGUUGAAGGUGUUGCACAACGUGACCUUCAAGGGAUUAUCCCAUGUGAGGCAGAGCUGCAGGAGCUCAUGCACCAGAUCGACAUCAUGGUGAGCCACAAGAGGUGUGAGUGGGAGCGGCAGAGACAGACGCUGGAGGCCCGGCUGGAGGUGCGAGAGCAGGAGCUGCUGAACACCCGCUACUCUUUCAACAGCAAAAACCAGGAGGUUGGCAGGCUGCACCAUCUGCUGGAAGAGAUGGACAAGUCUAAUAAAGCGACCGUGCAGAAGUAUGAAGAGCAGCUCAAUGGGCUUCAGUCUGAGCUUGGCAAACUGAAGAGCAGCUAUAAAAAACUGCAGCGGCACCACAUUAGACAAGCGAGAGAGACCAGCAAGGAAACAGAGGAGGAGGAUUCUCUGUUUGAAACUAGCAAGCUAAACAGAAAGCUUGAGGAAUUCAGGGCUAAAGCAAAAGAAUGGGAAAAGCAGAGAGCCGUAUAUCAGACCUCGCUGACCUCGCUGGAGUCCCAUCGAAGAAGCCUGGCAGACAAAUGUGAACUUUUUCAGCAAACUUGUCUGAACUACCAGAGCCAGCUGUCCAAUCGGGUGGCGCUACAGGAAGAGGCGGAGCAGAAGCGGCAGUGUGAGGUCAGGCAGCUGAGGAGCGAGUUGGAGACGGCUCAGAAAACCUUGCUGAGCAGUGAGGUCACAAUUGACCAACUGAGAAACGAUGUGCAGGAGCUGACCUCCAGGAGUAGAGAGCAUCUCGAGGAGACACAGCGCCUCCUGCAGGACCUGCGGCAGUCACACACACAGCGCCAGAAAAUGGAGGAAGAGCUCUCAGAACUGAGGCAGGAGCUACACACGAGAGACGACCUACUGAAGGCUGCCGACCUGGAGGAGAAGCAGCUGAGGAGGGAGGGGGCAAAACUCAGAGAACAGCUCACCAAGCAGGUGAGCGCCAUCAGGAUGGAGGAGCAGAGUUCUAAGAAUAUGAUGGCCACCGAGAUGCUGAAUCUGAAAGUAGACCUUGAAAGCACUUGUCAGCAGCUGCAAGCUAGCCAAAAUAAGGAACAGAUACUCAGAGCAGAGAUGACAAGGCUUCAAUCUGGGCUCGAGGCAUCACACUCCCAUUGUAUGCAGCUCAAAGACUGUCUCAGAAGAACCGAGAAGGAGGUCCACAGGCUAAAGGCUGUUGAAGAGGACAAGAACAAUGAAAUUAUCAAGCUGAGGGAUAGAGUGCUGCAGCUGGAGGAGUCACACAGGUUACAUAAUGGAGGAUUGCAGGCUGAACUCACAAACCUGGCAGCGAAACUUGAGCAGAGAGAGUUUGCGUUACAGACGGCAGUGGAGAGAACUUCCUCUCAUGAAAAUGAACUGAAGCAAAGCAAAGGAAAACCAACCGACUAUCAGGUGGCCAAAAUUCAGCUUGAGGCUCUUAAUUUGGAAAACAAGCAUUUGAAGGAACUGAUUGCAACAAUGGAGGCAAAGACAGACAUGCAGACCUUGGGUAACUCUCUGAAAGAACUCUGGGGCAAUAUUCCUGCCACCAGUUACGCAGAGAAGCAAAACAAGACACUACAGAAAGACCAGGUGCUGCUGCAAGCAGAACUGGACACGCCUUCACUAGCCACCCAGGGGAAACACAGUGUGGAGCAGGGAGCCAUGGAGAGGAGGGAACAAGAGGACCGUGAAGACACAGGACACCAAAAGGAGAAUGAAAAUGAAAGGAAGAUUGCAACAUCUUUGAAGUCAAAAUUAAAUCAGGAGAGCAUACUGAGGAAGGAAGAAGGGGAGAUUGGGAGCAUACCGACCUGGAGUGCCACUGCACUGGAUUCCAAUUCCAGACACUCACAUACCUGCAGGCCCACGGAUAGGCCCAGCAGGAACUUGGCCAUGAAAGAGUCAAUACUUUGUGAGAGGCAGUCUCCAGCUGUGGGUGUGCCCAGUCUCCAUGGCAACAGCUUCAUUGAUGAAGAGUUGCCUGAUGUGUACAUGUUAGGAAAUCCGCAGGGCUCAUUAGAAAGUGAGGAGGAAUUCAUGCUGCUGUCUCCAUGUCGGAGCUCAACUGCAGCUGAAUGGUUCCUCCAGGAAGAAGAGAAGCAGUCGAAAGAACUUGAGCGGCUGUUUGACAUCUAUGUUGCUAAACUGAACAGCAACACGCAGCAAGCCCUGCAGAAGCAUACUGUGCCUAAACUGAGCUGACAGCCUGGACGUUGCAGCAACACCUCCUCUUACAAAGAGCUCUCUGAAGGAGAGCGCUCCCUGGAGAGAUCCCAGCACUGGAUUUUACUGCACAUCUCAGAGCCUCUUAGAAGCACCGUAGUAAGCCAUGGCAUUUUUUUAUACCUCUAAAACAUAUGCAGUGUGAACAUAAUGCAGUAUGCAUUUUCCAGAUUUCGUAUGUUCCAGUAACUAAAUCCCAUUACUUCCUUUCUAUUUGUAAUUGUGCACGGAGAAAAAAAAAAAAAAAAAAAAACACAGAUUUGACGGUUUACCGUUGUAGAACCUCCAAUGCAGCAUUCGUCCACCUUGUGGCAUUAUGUGCUAUGUAAAAUCACAAUUGGUGCAAAAGCUAUUUCAGCCAGAAUAUUUUUUUUUUUUUUCGAAAACAGCAAAAAUCUAUUUUCUAAAAGUAUAAUGUUUUUACCAUAUUUAAUGUUAUUUUAAUGUUGCAAUUGUAACACUUAUGUCGUUUUUGUCAUUUGAAAUAUAAACUAGAUUGCUUCAGGAUCUUUUUUUUUUUUCUUAUAAGAAUAAAACAGUUAUCAAAUUUUCA